AUGAUUGCUUUCAGCGUGGGAGAUUUCUUCCGUCGUUGGAGAUGGAUUGAUGUCGUUCGGGGAUUUAUAAGUAGCUUGAAAUCAACUUCUAGGGCGUUGGAUGAUUUCUACACUCAGGUUAUUGAAGAGCAUAAUUGUAAGGCAAUAAAUACGAGAACUUCAAGUGAUGAUAGCUAUAAUGGUUAUGAUUCUGAAGAUUUCAUGGAUGUUCUCCUUAAACUUCAAAAGGAUCCUAGCAAGAUUGAGCUUGAGCUCACUCCUGACCAUGUGAAAGUGCGGGACAUGUUAUUGGCAAGAGUUGAUACUAGUUCAACCUUAAUGGAAUGGUUAAUGGCAGAGCUUCUGAGAAAUCCCAAAGUGAUGAAGAAGGUCCAAGAAGAAGUGAGAAGCGUGGUGGGAGAAAAGGCAAAGAUUGAAAUGGAUGACACCAACCACAUGAGUUACCUUAAACGUGUUAUUAAAGAAACUCUAAGCCUUUUGUAUUGGUUUUACUGGAAGCUAGCCACAGGGCUUGAAGAUCAAUUGCCAGAGGACUUAGACAUGAGUGAAGUAUAUGGUUUGACUGUUCACAAGAAAGUUCCUCUCCAGGUUCUACCGAUAGCAUACUCUCCGUAA